GUGAAUCUGAAACAGGUAACGCCAGGUAGAGGUGAUUAGGAAAUCGGUGUUGCGAUUGAGAGUGUGAAGAAAAUCUGUGAUGUCGGCGGAUUGUACGAUGUGUCAUCUCGACACUGUCUGUUCUUACGACCCUGAUGACUUGCUGGACGAGGGGGUAGUGGACUGUGGCUACCCGGGGGUGAGUCAGGUUGAAGUCCACAGCCAUGCCCAGACCCUCACGCCGAUGGAAGGGGAGACAACUCUCCUCCAGGGGAAUGACUCGGGUCUAGGGGAUACAAGUCAGCUCAAGUGUUUCGACUGUCCAGAUUGUCUGAUUGAACGGAAGUUCAAGAAGUUGCCUCUGUCCAGUCCAAUGACACAUGGACCUCUGUGGCCGCUCGGUGAUGUCAACCACGCGGGAUUCGAACCCUACAAAGACGAGAUUUACUUGCAUCGGCUGGCGCUGGAGAAACGUGUCCAUCCUUUGAAAAGCCUCGGGCGACAGAAAGAGAUAACGCCAGGGAUGCGAGCUGUCAUGGUGAGCUGGGUGACCAAAGUUCACCGCGACCACUGUCUCAACCCAGACAGCCUCUUCGUUACUGUCAACAUCAUCGACCGCACCAUGGCGGCCAUGUACGUGGACAUUCCGUGUCUCCCGCUCCUUGGCAUCACUGCAUUACUGAUCGCAGCUAAAAUAGAGGAGGUUAUUCCCCCGGAGAUUAACGACUUGCUCGAUUGCUGCAACUCCAAGUACAACAGAGAGCAAGUGAAGAAGCUCGAGACUCUGGUGCUCCUGGCUUUGAGGUUCGACCUGCUGGUGCCAACAUCCCGAUUCUUCCUGGAAUAUUUUUCUGCAUGUUGCCUCAGCGGCUGUGUGGAUCUGCAACAUGGAGAAUCGCUCAGGCAAUGCCGCGCCAUGUCCCGAUGUAUCCUAGAGAUGUCGCUACAAGACUACCAGCUCUGCCAGUAUAGCCCCUCGCUGCUUGCUCUCUGUGCUUGGAAAACAGCUGUCGGUGUUCUGGGGGUCUGCGACGACAUACUACCCCCGGGGAUCUAUUGCACCAGGGGACGCUUUGAUCGGUGCCUUCAGGAAGUCCGUGCGUUCACAGAAACCUUCCAAUACAGCUUCCCCGACAUCGCUUCCAUCAGUGACAACUUCCGGAAUCUCAAUGGUUUGGACUAAUGCCAUCUUACUGUCAAACGUACUUGAGCCUGGACCUUUCAUGCUGAGGCUGUUACAAAGAACAUGUCGGUUUAGACUGGCUGACCGACAAGUCAGUGGGAUGAAAUU